GCGCGCCCGCGUAUUCUUGCCACACAACUAUCAAACAUAACCUUAUCGUGAUAUCAUUGUAACUUUAACGUGCAAACUUUAAUUAAAAUAUUUACAAAUAAUAGUAACAUCUAAUUAGAUCAAGUAGAAACUUAAUAUUAAAACUUGUGUAGUGUGUGUCACGAGUCUAUGUGCGAAUGCCACGGUCCAAAGCCUACGCAGCCGGCCGCGUUCCCCUCUAUUCAUUCAAGGCCCAUUCGUUGAACUUAUGUUGCUUCAAUUGUACGAACGCAAUCUUGAUUUGGAAAUGUACUUAAUGUGCACGAAGCAUUUACGAUUUGCUGAUAGCUAAAGCGAAUCGUCACCUACAAUGUCAAUAAGCCAGGACGUGGACCAGUUUAACAAACAUAAACAACAACUAGGUAAACAGGGCUCGGAACCGGUCAACUUUCCACCGCGCUAUCAUCCGCCACCACCUGCCGCUGCGGGAUCUAAGCAAGUCACUAUCGACUCAUCCACUAAAGACUUAAAACCUCCAUAUUUCACAAAAACAAUUGAUCCCAACAAGUUGCAGUAUCCCUUUGGCUACCCCGGACCAAUUCCUGGGCCCUAUCCAGGUGGUCCUUAUCCGCAAUUAAAAUAUCCUUCAGGAUAUCCCUUAGGCUAUCCAAUACCCCCUGUAGCAUUACGUAUGCAGAGACCUUCUGGAGAAAUUAUUACUAAAGCCAUCGUGCACGAACCCGUAGAAUCUACAGCCAGAGCUAGAAGCGCAGACGACACCCAGCGCUUACAACGAAACUUAGAGGAGGAACAAAUUCAUAGAAGAUCGGCUGACAUGCUGAAAUUUACAAAACGAGUUGAACCUGAGGGGCCAAGACAAUCUACAGACCAAAGAAGACAAAUACAAUCACUUUUAGAUGAAAUAAAAACAUUAAAGGAAGCCAAUCGCAGAUUGAGCGAAGAUAAUCAAGAAUUGCGAGACUUAUGUUGUUUUUUAGAUGACGAUCGUCAAAAAGGACGUAAAUUGGCAAGGGAGUGGCAACGCUUUGGCAGAUAUACAGCGUCAGUAAUGAGACAGGAAGUAUCAGCAUAUCAAAGCAAGCUCCGCGAGUUAGAUGAUAAACAACAAGAAUUAAUCCACGAUAAUUUAGAAUUAAAAGAAUUGUGUCUUUAUCUGGAUGAAGAAAGAGAAAGAGGAGCGUGCGUUAAUUGUGGAAGAACUACUGGAAGGGAAAGAGAUGAUGGCGAUGGAAGUAGCAGUGGUACAAACGCGGAAGAAAUCACACGACCCCCUGCUCCUAUAACUACUAUUAGUCACCCACAGCUAGCUGAAAGAACUGUGCAAUAUGUUCGUGACUUGGAACAAAAAGUUCGGAGACUAGAGGCUGAAAAAGGUGUGGGUACAGGCCUUGGUGAGAGGCCAGAAGCCGUCGUCCGAGCAUUACAAGUUUUAGAAGUGAGGGAGCGGGUUGAAAGGGAAAAAAGAAGACCAGCUCCAGAUCUCGGUACAGGUGAACAAGCCUUAGUGAGGGAAAUGUGUAAUGUAGUUUGGGGUAAACUUGAAGAAACACCUCCACAGGCCCCUCCACGUUGAUGAUGAGUGUUAUGGGAUUUUGUGGAACUUUUUCAAAUCUGGUAAAAGCGAAGAGGUAAUGAAGGGAAAUGAGUUAAACGUGUUUAGUAUUUGAUUGGAAUUCGCUUCGAUUGAGGUCGUUGAGACUGUUGUCGGCUCAUAUGACCUAAAAAUGCUUUGUAAGUACAAAGUUGACCUUGUUUAUGAGAAUCAGUAUAUGACACGACUCUGGUAAUAAUAUAUUUAACAAAAUUUAUUUAGCUGCGAUAGCAUCUUGCCAGAUUGUAUUGUUUCGUUCCGAAUAUUAAAGUACAAAACUAGGUUAAUUGUCUAUAAUAUAGUACGACUUAGAAGUUUUCAUAUAAUUGAUCUGUACAACUAUUUUAAAUAAGACUAUUCCAUACCUAUAUAGAUAUGUACUUAGAAGUCGCUAUACUAUUCCUUGAAAAUGUAUUACGCACCAAUACCUGAGGCUAUCGGUAAAAUAAGCAUGAAAAAUUACUAUUUUUUAGUUAGUACUCUAACACGCAGAUAUAGUGUACCUUACCUAGUGAACCUACCUGUUCUUUUGUUCUAAGGCGUAGUAGUAUAAUAUAAAUUAUAUUUCGAUUUGUGUUAUUAAUUUAUUACUAUAAAUUAUUGUGUAAUUUAAUGAAAGAUUUUUGUGUU